AUCCACAUCCACAUCCUUACCAGCAUCUAGGAAGAUCUAUCAGAAACAGUCUCAAGCAUGAAUCCCAUCACGCGAAGAGAGUCGGUUUGCAGGAGUCUGUUUGGCCCGGUAGACCACGACCAACUGCGCCGGGACCUGAAGCAGAAGCUGAGGGAGAUGACUGAGCAGGACAGCCGCCGCUGGAACUUCAACUUCCACACUGACACGCCGCUGCCCGGCAGGUUUACGUGGGAGGAAAUCCCCGCAGACUGCGCGGCUGCUUUGUACCAGGAGCCCGCACAGCCGCGGGACUCUAUCCCCGCCUUGACUGAGGAUGACGGUGGUGAUAAUGGCAGGCUGAGCGAGUGUGAGGAAGGCGCGGGGACAGAUCAGGAGAACUGUCCCCGCAUCUCCAACAAGUGUCCCGCAGAAGUGACGCCCGUCCGCAGGAAAAGGUCGCUCUCCAAAACCAGAAGCAACGCACGAAUCACAGAUUUCUUUGCUAAGAGGAGAAGGACGACGGACAACAAAAGCAUCCCCAUGAAACCUCUUCACACAAGUUCCAGUGAAGCAGCUCUGUGCAAAACUAUAAGAUGAACAUGCUACUAAAAACAACAACAAUAUUUAUAUUUAUAUAUGCAGUAUAUUCAUGGACUUAUCUUUAAGAUUUAAUCUUCUGACUAUGUAUUUUCCUUAUUAUUUGUUGCUGACCUGAAAUUCUACAAUUUGGUGUUAUUUAUUUUAAUUAUGGACACUUUUUUAUUUAAUGUUUAUUUUUCUCAGAUGGAUAUGUUUAACUUAUCAAGGUGUUUGUCUUUGUCAUUUUCAUCAGUAUUUUUGUUUAGUCAGCAAGAACAGUGACACUGUUUUUUUUUCAUCUCUUUGAUGGUGAAUUUGUUAUGUACUGAGCUGCGUCUGUGUACAAUAUAAAAAAACCACUAUUUUGUCCAGUAAUACAGAACAGAACACUUGUAAAUACCAUCAAAUAUUAUAAUAAAUAAACUGUUUAACAGUA